CCCACUUUCCCCCCACUAAGUUUUGUGUCAAUUUAUUAACCCUUUCUCUUCUUCUUUCAUUUCAUUUAUGUGUGUAUAUCUAUAUAGUCCCUUCUUUAUAAACAACAAAAAUAAGUCUCCAAUUAAAAGCAAUCCAACCCCCCACAAACCGCAUUUCAGUUCAAGGCUUCAAAUUGCGUGCACCUUAAUUUCAAGCACCAUCAUCAUUCAUAUCAUAAUAGUCAGAAUCAGAAUCAAAAUCCUAGUGUGAUCUUUUUUUGGGUGCUGCAAUUGUGCUGCAAUUUCAAUUUCAACCACUUGGGUUGAUAGCAUGAUGAUGAUUCGAUUUCCAUUGGUGGUGGUUCUUGUGUUGAUGAUUUGUGCCAUGAGAUGCAGAAUGGCCAAAGCAGCAGAACAAAGUCCUGAUUCUGGGAAUGUGUACACGCUAGCUUCAGUGAGGGAGGAUUUGGUUAGGCAAGAGGAUACCAUCAUUUAUGGUCUCAUUGAGAGAGCCAAGUUCCCUAGCAAUCCUCACACCUAUGAUGAAGAGUAUGCUCAAAUCCAGGGUUUUUGUGGCUCAUUGGUAGAAUUUGUUGUUAAGAAUACAGAGGCCAUUCAAGCUAAGGCUGGAAGAUACAAAAACCCUGAAGAAAACGCCUUCUUCCCAGAAAAUUUACCACCAUCAAUUGUACCAUCUUACUCCUUCAAACAGUUUUUGCAUCCUGGAGCUGCUUCAAUUAACAUUAACAAGUCCAUCUGGAAAAUGUAUUUCCAAGAGUUACUUCCAUUGCUUGCUACUUCGGGUGAUGAUGGAAACUAUGCACAAACUGCAGCUAAUGAUCUUUCAUUAUUGCAGGCCAUCUCUAGAAGGAUUCACUAUGGAAAGUUUGUAGCUGAGGUGAAAUUCAGGGAUGCUCCUCAAGACUACGAGCCUUUAAUUCGAGCUAAGGAUAAAGAAGGAUUGAUGAAAUUGUUGACAUUUACAAGCGUUGAAGAGACGGUGAGGAAGAGGGUUGAAAAGAAGGCCGCAGUGUUUGGGCAGGAAGUGAGUCUUGACAAUGAGGACGAUGAUGAGGAAAACCAUAAGUUUGAUCCAUCAGUGGCUUCUAGCUUGUACAAAAAUUGGGUGAUACCCUUUACCAAGGAGGUUCAGGUUGAGUACCUAUUGCGGCGUCUAGACUGAAGGCAUUAUAAUGCAGUUAGAAAUUUACAAGAAUGGAAGUGAAUAUGAUGUUGUUGUUCAAAUGAUUAAGCUCUUAAGUGAUCCUUUAUUGCCAACUUCAUGGAGCUGUUGAUUAAAAAAUAUUAAAUUGUAGCUUUAGAUUGUUACUUUUAUCUUCAUCGGCUUUAUUAGAAGAAAAAAAAAGGAUUAGAUCAUGAACUUCAACAUGUGUCGUGAGAAAACACAUUUUCGAACUAGAAUCUCAGCCCUUUUCCUGGCCUAGUUUAUCAAGGGAUUAGAUUCCUUUCCCAUGAUGGGAAACAUGCCUUGUUCUCCCAUGCUAGCCAAAUCCUCAAAUCUAAGCCUUUGAUAGUGGUUUCA